CCACAUUUUCCCUCCACUUUCUUCUUAUACCUCUAACCCUCUAGCAACUGCAUGUCUUCAACAAUGGCUGUUCCAUUAGGCCGAAUUCGGGUUUUGAAAGAGGGAAUACGUCAACCGUCGUCUUUGUCGCCUAAAGUUGGUCCUGUUGUGUACUGGAUGUUCAGAGAUCAACGGUUGAGAGACAACUGGGCUUUGAUUCAUGCCGUUGAUCAAGCUAACAGGCUCAAUGUGCCUGUUGCGGUUGCGUUUAAUUUGUUCGAUCAGUUUCUUGGUGCAAAAGCUCGUCAGUUGGGGUUUAUGCUUAGAGGGUUGCAGCAGCUGAAUCAUGAGAUUGAAGAGACGCUUCAUAUACCUUUUUUCUUGUUUCAGGGAGAGGCAGUUGACACCAUUCCAAGUUUUGUUAAAGAAUGUGGAGCUUCACUUUUGGUAACCGAUUUUUCGCCUUUGAGGCAAGUUCGCGGGUGGAAAGAAGAAAUAACCAAGAGGGUGUCGGAUUCUGUAUCGAUUCAUGAAGUGGAUGCACACAACAUAGUACCCUUGUGGAUGACAUCAGAUAAGUUAGAAGAUUAUGCUAGAACCAUUAGACCAAAGAUCAAUAACCACCUUCCUGAAUAUUUGAUCGAAUUUCCAACGAUAAAGCCUCGAACAAAUAUCUGGGGUGACAGUAACAGAUCUAUUGACUGGGAUAAACUUAUUGAACAUGUUACAAGGGAAGGAGAUGAAGUUCCUGAGGUUGAGUGGUGUAAACCAGGAGAAAGUGUUGCAUUAGAAAAAUUAAAGGACUUCUCAAGAACUAGAUUGAUGAACUACGCUGCAGAUCGGAAUAUCCCAACGAAGCACAAUGCAACUUCUGGGCUUUCUCCGUAUUUGCAUUUUGGGCAGUUAUCGGCCCAGCGUUGUGCCCUGGAGGCCCGUAAAUUUCGCAAAGAUUAUCAACAGGUUAGAACUUUGUGGUGUAAGAAACAGAAACAUAAACCUUAUUUUGCUAAUAUUAUUAUUUGGGAUUCUUUUCUAAUAUCAUUUUUCUUUAUAAUAUAUCUUUUUGGGGAUGAAAUGAAGGGAGUCGAUAAGUUUCUAGAUGAACUGAUUGUGUGGAGGGAGCUAGCGGAUAACUUCUCCUACUACGAGCCUCACUAUGAUUCGUUUUUGGGUGCGUGUGACUGGGGUCGUGCAACAUUGAUGGACCAUGCUUUUGACAAACGUGAACGCAUAUACACGCUGGAGCAUCUGGAGAAGGCACAAACUACAGAUCCUCUUUGGAAUGCUUCUCAGUUAGAGAUGGUUCAUCAUGGAAAGAUGCACGGUUAUAUGCGAAUGUAUUGGGCUAAAAAGAUCCUCGAAUGGACGAGUAGCCCGCAAGAAGCUGUUGAAAUAGCGGUCUAUCUAAAUGACAAGUAUCAUCUUGAUGGGAGAGAUCCGAACGGAUAUGCUGGCAUAAUGUGGUCCAUUUGUGGUGUACACGACAAUGGGUUUCAAGAGAGACCGGUUUAUGGGAAAAUAAGAAGCAUGACCUAUGCAGGUUGCAGUAGGAAAUUCGACGUUGAUGGAUACAUUGCGUAUGUGAAGAAGUUAGUAAGAGAUGUCAAGAAAGGAAAAGGGGAAAUCUUGGCUAAUAGCUUAGCUCGACUUAAGAAUAGUUAAUAUUCGAAUUAAUGUGAUUUGCAUAUUAAUUACUGAAUAUUCUUUUACUAAUCCACAUUAAAAAAAAGUAAAUCAGUAUUCACACGACGGAUAGUUUGUACCAUUGACAUACAUCUAUGAGCUAUGUAUCCCUCGUGAACUAUUCAUAAUCAGUUUCCAAUUGUUUUUACUUUUGUUU